ACUUUUCCUUAAGACUUUAAGUCAUGCUGACAUCAUGGGAUCCUUUCUCAGAUUCCCCCCUCUCUCUCUCUCUCUCUCUCUCUCUCUCUCUCUCUCUCUCUCUCUCUCUCUCUUCUCUUUUCCCCCUCUCUCCCCCUCUUUCUCCUUUCUUCCCUCCCUCCUUCUCUGUCCCUCCUUCCCCACUCAAUCUCUUCCAAUCUCUUUCUUUCUCUCCUCAUUCCCCUCAGGUAAUUCCUACAGAAACUUGUACCAACUUGUUUUUGACUGACAGUGAACAGCCAGAGUGUUUCUUCACUUUGAAAACCCUCCGCACCUAUCUUUUCAAGGCACCCUGCAUGAACUGAUCAUUUCCUUGCCUGGUCGCCCAGGAGCCUGCACUGGGCACUCUUUGCAGGUAAGAGGCAGGCGCCUAUGUCAACGUGGGGGCACUCAGCUUUCUGGAGAUGUUUCUGAAAAACCUGACUUCUAAAGGCCAUAGCAGGACCCCAUGGUAGCCAGGUGGGUGAAGGGGAGCGAGGACGUGCCACUUGCCCUGCAGAAGAUUCCUGACUUACAGAGUGGGACCAGGAGCCUGAAAAUGGAUGCCAUCCACAUUGGCAUGUCCAGUGCCCCCCUGGUGACACACGCCAAUGGAGUUGGACUCAAGGCCCACAGACCUCGAGUCAUGUCCAAGAGUGGACACAGCAAUGUGAGAAUUGACAAGGUCGAUGGCAUCUACUUGCUCUACCUUCAGGACUUGUGGACCACGGUCAUCGACAUGAAGUGGCGGUACAAACUCACCCUGUUUGCGGCCACAUUUGUGAUGACCUGGUUUCUGUUUGGAGUGGUCUACUAUGCCAUAGCGUUCCUUCACGGCGACUUGGAACUCGGGGACCCUAAUUCUAACCACACACCUUGCAUUAUGAAGGUGGAUUCUCUCACGGGAGCAUUCCUCUUUUCCCUGGAAUCCCAGACAACCAUUGGCUACGGGGUCCGUUCCAUCACGGAGGAGUGUCCUCACGCCAUUUUCCUCUUGGUUGCCCAACUGGUCAUCACCACACUGAUUGAGAUCUUCAUUACGGGGACCUUCCUGGCCAAGAUCGCAAGACCCAAGAAACGAGCCGAGACCAUCAAGUUCAGCCACUGCGCUGUCAUCAGCAAGCAGAAUGGGAAGCUGUGCCUGGUCAUCCAGGUGGCCAACAUGAGGAAGAGCCUCCUGAUCCAGUGUCAGCUCUCGGGAAAACUCCUGCAGACGCACGUCACCAAGGAGGGAGAGCGCAUCCUCCUCAACCAGGCCACCGUCAAAUUCCACGUGGACUCCUCUUCUGAGAGCCCCUUUCUCAUUCUACCCAUGACCUUCUACCACGUGUUGGACGAGACAAGCCCCCUGCGGGACCUCACCCCACAGAACCUAAAGGAGAAGGAAUUUGAACUGGUGGUCCUUCUCAAUGCCACCGUGGAAUCCACCAGCGCCGUCUGCCAGAGUCGAACAUCUUACAUCCCGGAGGAGAUCUACUGGGGCUUUGAGUUUGUGCCUGUGGUUUCUCUCUCCAAAAAUGGAAAGUAUGUGGCUGACUUCAGCCAGUUUGAGCAGAUCCGGAAGAGCCCGGAUUGUACCUUCUACUGUGCGGAUUCCGAGAAGCAGAAGCUGGAAGAGCAGUACAGACAGGAGGACCAGAGGGAGCGCGAGCUGAGGAGCCUCCUGCUUCAGCAGAGCAAUGUCUGACCCCGGCUGGCCUCUGGGGCCCCCUCCCAGAGCUGCCUCCUCACCAGGGCUCCUCUCAAAAACCAGCGGCUGCUGUGAACAUGGGCCAGGACCUGAUACCUAACCACGGAGAUAUUCAUGGCCCAGCUUUCUCUUUGUUCUGGUGGCUGAACAAACCUCUCUGCAUAUAAAAGGAUUUCUUCAGAGUGCCUGGUCAGGACUGAACACUCAAAUUCAGAUUUUCGCCCCCUAAAUAGAGCUGUAUAUUGAAAAACCGAGUGUAGAAGAUGGGGGGGAUUCCUGUUCGGGUGACAGACAUGCAGCCAUGUUGACAGAAUGAAAUGUAUGUCUGAAGAAGAACAUCAUCGUAUAAUCUGAAGUAUUUAUUAAUCCAUUUAUCAAGGGCAUCGUCAGUAGGUGAGGUCUAAGGCAGGAUUCACUAUUUGCUUGUAUCACUGCCCGAGAACCUGCUCCUUCUCCUGUUUAAGUAUGUAUGUUGUAUUUUCAAUGACAGCUACCUGGUAAUGACCAAAAAGUGUUGGGAAAGCAGGGAUUCCAGGCUUGAAAAAUACAUUUAUUUCAUUUUGACAUUUUCCCAUUGGACUUAACUGUGUGGAGUGAAAGUAACCUAACCAGGAUCUAAGAGUUCUGCAAUAUAUCUGUAUCUUGAUUCUAUCAUCCCCGUUACUCUUGGGGGAAGCAUGCACCAGCCUCUUUUUGCCUUCAAAGUAUCUGCCAGACAAGCCAAACAGCACCAUUUCAGGACAUACUGGCAACACAGACAAUCGGGUUUCAGCCAGGCUUACAGAACCAUCAGGAUUAUAAGCUCUGCUUCGAGCAAUGUGGUCAUCGUCAUUUUUCUAGAUCCAUAUGAAAAAAAAUGACCGUGUGGGUUCUGUGUCCUUAUGACCACCAGAUCUGCUCUCCUGGCAGGGUUGUCAGUGACUCUCUCAGACAUUUCAGUGUUUUUCUGUGUGCAUGCCUUGACCACAAAGAAAUUAUACAAAAUCACCGAUGUCUUAAGAAUGAAACAACUCCCCGAGGGCUGUGAUUGUCACCGCCAUGAUAAGUAUGUGGCUUGAUCAUUAUAGUCCCCACAAAAGAAAAUUGAAGCUGUGUCACAAUACAGGAUGUCUGCAUAGAUCCUGCAGUUCCUGAGGCCGGGUGAUAACAGGAAGGAGGGGAGAGGAGGGAGGGGUGUUUGUAAGCAAGGGGACCCCUCAGGCAAGAGCCUAAACACACCUCCUACAACUCAGCCUUACAAGGGGGACAUUUUACCUCUGAAAAUACUAGAGUUUAAUGUCUGCAUUUUGGGGGAGAGAGAUUAAGUGGCCAGGAAUGUGUAAAUAUGUAAACAGUGUGUGCUCCUUUUAUUCAAAUCAGAGCAAACUGUAAAUUCGCUCAAGUGCCAUGCAACCAUGAAUGUGCAGGCAACACACACA